AUGAUUUGGAAUAUCCAGACAAUAAUCUGCCUCUUUCUUACUGUACCUGGACUUGUGGGGAAUAUACUAAUAUUUGUGAGAUAUAUGUAUAAUUUUCUCAUGAAGAAUGAGAUGAAAUGCACAGACCUCAUCCUCAUUCACUUGGCACUUUCAAAUAUACUUAUUAUUUGUAGCAUAACUAUCAGUGAAACAGCCAUUAUUUUCUAUUUCAAUAAUUUUCUAAGUGAGGUUGGCUGUAAAGUUGUAGUUUUUCUGGGAAGGAUGGCUCGAGGACUCUCCAUCUGCACCACCUGUCUCCUCAGCAUGGUCCAGGCUGUCACCAUCAACCCCAGAAUGACCCUGUGGAGAAAACUCAAACCACAGACUGCAGGACAGGUUCUUCCCUAUCUCCUCCUCUUUUGGAUGUUAAAUUCUUUGAUAAGCUCAAACUUGCUGCAUUAUAUCACAGUAGUCAGAACUGUGAACAGAUCUGGAGUUCACAUGUAUAGUGGGUACUGCUAUCUGCUCCCAUCCAGGCUAAUAGUGAGGUGGCUUUUUAUCUGUCUCAUGGCUCUUCGCGAUGCUGUAUUUCAGAGUCUCAUGGGCUGGAGCAGUGCGUCCAUGGCUCUCCAUCUGUAUAAACAUCAUAAGCAUGUCCUCUACCUUCAUAGCUCCAAGUGUGUGAACAAUUCCAGUCCAGAAAUCAGAGCCACACUGAGCACUCUCAUUCUCAUGACCUGUUUCCUUUUCUUCUUCUGGGUAGAUUUCAUUUUCUCCUUCUACAUAGGUUCUAUGAUAACAUAUGAUCACAUAAUCAAUAUGAUUAAAACUUUUCUACAAGUUGGUUAUGCUGUUCUCAGUCCCUUUGUCUUGAUCAGCAGAGAUGUCCAUGUGGCUAAAUCCUGGUGUGGUCACUACAUGCUGAAAUUACAUUGCACACACAUCCCUCCAUGA